AGCAAGUCCAUUGUAUAAAGGCUCAAUGCUUAAAAAUCUCCUUUAUAAAGCUCGACAGAAGGGUGAGAAGCCCGGUUGGAUGCUAAAAGACAUGUGGGAUAGAGUUAUUGUGAUAUGGGCUUCUGAAGAAUUUAAGAAGAGGAGCAAUGCUGCAAAGGCUGCCCGAGCCUCCAAUACGGGUGGCUCAUUGCACACUGGGGGUUCAAUUAGUAUGGAGACCCAUCGAAGGAGAAUGGAAAAGGAAAAAGGGAGAGUUGUGACUUAUGCUGAGGUCUUUGAGGACAAGCAUUUGAAAAGGAAAAAGGAUGGGACAAGAGAAUGGGUCGAGCCGCGUGCUGCGAGGGUAUAUGAAGCCUAUCAGCAACGUUUUGAGGAAUGGCGUCAAAGUCAACCCGAUUCCGAGGAUGGUAGCUCAACCCAAGUGUCACUCAAUGAUGUAGCUUCAAUAUGGACGCAGAUGGUUGGUGGCGCAAAGAAAGGUAGAACCUACGGUCUUGGAUCACAAUAUUCUGUAGGUCGUUCUACGACAUUGUUGUCUGGUGAUGCGAGUUAUUCGCAAGAUCACGAAGAGGUGGAAGCAUUACGAAAAGAAGUUGAAGGGUCGAAGGAGGAACGGAAAGAAGAUCGCGCAAAUUUUAACAAAUUGCAGAGUCUAGUGGAGAAAUUUAUGAGCGGACGUCCAUUUGGUCCUUCGAAUGGCGAGGAUGGCGGGGAUAAUGAGUUUUAGUUUGUUAUGGUUAUUGAUGUUUGAGACAUUAUUAUUUGUUGUACUUGGAUGUUUAGACUUGGUAAUAUUUACACUUGACUAUGAUUGUAAUAUUUUAGACUA